AUGUCAUUUUACAGAAAGACACAAACACUUAACAAACGGAACUUGUUGAGAAGGUUUAAAAACCAACAUAAAACAAAACAAAUUCAAACAUACCUAAAUAUCAAAAAGAAGAGAUGUUUAUCAAAAAUAUUUGCACGUUGUACGUCUUUUCUGCCACACAAGAAUGCUGCCACAAUUGUGACGAUUGCCCCCAAAGCUAUGGUUAAAUAUUAUUCUCAUUACUUGAGGGCACACAACUCCACUUUCAGAGGCCAAAUUGAUCACACAGUUAAACAACGAAAAGGUGAUAAAAGGAAGGGCAUAAAUUUUGAACAUUCUACUGGAUUCAUUAGGCUCAAUUUUCCUCCUUUUCUCUUACUUCGUUAUUUGCGCACGCUUACGGAUAGUGUCUCAGAUGCUCAUUUACAAUCAUUUUUAAAUCAUUCAACCAAAAAACGAAAAAUUAAAGUUUAUUGCAAAGUUGUUGAGCACCAAUCAAGAAACUACGAAAUAUCGUACAAUCGGUUGCAAAUUAUGGUUCGGAUCAAUGCAUUUAAAUUGUGGAAAAUAACAGGCUCGCAACAGCACACAUUCUCGUUACCCACGACUCAACAUGUUAACAUAUUUUGGACGUCUCUCUCAAGGCGGCACAAAAUGACGAGAGCAUACAGCAAUAAUUUUCACCUAGAAGAGAAGUCUGCCAAAAUCUUCAUUCAAUAUGCUGCGCAAGCGGCAAAAGUUACAAGUAAAACCACAAAUUCGUCCUACACUAACAUAAUAAAAUCUCAAAUGGUAAAUAAAAUACUCUUGGAUCCUCCUGGCUGUAAAAUGGCACAACCAGAUGAUCUCACACUAGUUGAACAUUUGUGUAGAAGUGACUACAAUUGCACAUUAAUUGGCCCAUUACACAAAUCACUCACUAUUUUGCUUAAUUUUAAUUGCAAAUCCAAAUCCAAAAGAUUACUAGGUAAAAACAUGAUGGGGUGGCAGAAUCAGUGGAGUAGAAUUUACUUAAAGCAUGUUUCAUUAGAAAGUUUGAGCUACAUACGCGAUCAGUGA